AUGCCGCAACCGCACCCCAUCUACCCAAAACUCCAUGUUUCAUCCAGACUGCCGGAGUCGUUCUCCGCACCCGGGGCAAUGGUAGCUCCUCAAAACAACAAUCAUGUCCAACGUCCUCCAGACAUGAACCAGCGGCACCAGGUUCUACGGGCAAAACGAAAACAUGUCCUCAAGGCCUGUGACCGCUUCGUUGAAAUGCUGGAGUCCCACCAUGCUCUAGUUGUGAAGGCACUUCAGCGGCUGUAUACUCAUUGCAUCGACAACAAGUGUUUCCCGGGCGAGCCCAUCGAAAUUGUCGAUGGGUAUCCCCUAACACACGCCAUUCUAGAUCGACUGGGCCUCAUCAAACAAGCCGAAGAGCAAAACAUCACGCAUAACGUGGAGGCCGAAAUCAUGGAAGCCUCGAAGUACUGGAAAAACGAAUCGUCAGGUUCAAACUCUCCGAACCACGACGGUUCCCCCAUCGAACCCUGUUGCCCACUAGACAGGUCCAGGUCUAGCGAUUCCUGUUCGACGUCCCCUCCGUCCGAGUCAGACUUUGUCAAAUGCGAGUCUUCACCCAGCACAGGCGUGAACGAGGCCUUCCGGGUGUUUGGGCGUGAGGGGCCGUUUUGGCCUAUGAAUGGCGAGGCCACCAUCUCACACGUUGGCCCUGACUAUAAUCGUUCAUUGGAUUCCACUGGUUUCAACAACAUGCCGAGUAACUACUCGCCCACACAUCCGAGUCACCAAGCAAGAACCCUAGCCUGUACCAACGUUCCCACUCCAGCCUCGGCAAGUAACGCAGCAAUCAUUCCAAGUACUUGUCCAGAAACGGGUUGCAGGGUUAUUUAUCCAAACGUGGCGACUGUGCAGUACACAGGGUAUCCCCAAUCGUACACCGGGGUAGACCAGCAAACCACCUGGGCGCCACAGCCAGCAUGGUCUGGAUAA